GCUUUAACGGCGGCGUCAGGGACGCUUUCUAUUCCAGCAGCGCCUGGGCAGUUCCGGCUCUGCUUCUCGGGGGUUGAGCGAGCGUCGGGCGGGAGGCGGAGAACUGGCUGGAAUCGAUGGCUCAGGGCAAGCAGAAAUUCAAGGCGCGCAAAACGGCCGCUGCGGGGAAGAAAGCGGCUGCUGCUGCCCGCGGACUUCGCAAAGGAGGUCGUGUAAUUGCACCCAAGAAAACUCGUGUGAUCCAGCAACAGAAAGUGAAAAAGAAUCUGGAGGUUACCAUCCGUAAGAAGAUUGAGCAUGAGGUGGUAAUGAAGGCCAGUGCUAAGUUACCCAAGAAACUUAGUUUGUUGAAGGCCCCCAAAGUGGAAACAAAGAAAGAUCCAGGACACUCUAGCAAGUCUUAACAAUGUUUCAUGGACUGAGAUUGGUGAUUGUGGCUUGCAAUGCAUUUACGUUUGACUGUGUUUGACUGAUGUGAUUUUGUUGGCUGACCAUCUAGUGUGCUCCAUGUUUCAGUUGGCAGUUCUUCUACAUAAGAAUCCAUCUGAUUAGUUCCUUGCCUGAUACUGGAUUGUGGGUUUAUACAAUAGGUAUUAGAUUGCUUUCAAACGUAACUUACUCUAGUUUCAAGUUUUCCUCCUUUGUUUGGGGGUUUAUGAUUUCAGUGUAAGUUACUUCGUUUUCAUUCUAGUAUGACCUGUGCCUGAUUUGCUACUGGCUUAAUUGUGUUAGACCAGAAAGGAGGAUCUCAUAUGAGUAUACAAUGGGGGAGCAUAAUAACUCCUGAGUUCUUGCCUGGUGAUUAUCUGUUGAUUAUCUGCUUUAGUUUAGGGCUAGGGCAGCAUGUUUCUAAUUGGCCCUUGGUCGUGUGGCA